GCUUCUUAGGACGCACGACCGUGACAGAUGUAGAGAAUGCCAAUCAGCUGCUCCCGCAGCGCAGGGAAACUUCAGACAGCCUCCUUUAUACUUCUGACACACUUCACGGUAAACCAGCUCACCGACGUGCUGCUGACAGCCAAAACAUUAACAGAACCGCGUUAGAAAGAUGGAGCAUCUGCGGUGCGUCUAGAGCGACAAAUAUUUUAGACCAAAUCCUGUUCCGUAAGCAGAAAGAAGCAUGUUACCCCGCGACGUCGGGAACCAGAAGCCCUGCCGUGUUUCAGAGCCCUUUGACGGAGGAGACCGACCCACGGUCCCGCCGCGGCGCUUCAAGAACCGGGAUUUCCCUGUGAGCGCAAAGCGCCGCCGGUCCGGCUCCACUCCCGAGCGCAAGAUGAACUGCGUUCUGGUCGGUGACGGAGCCGUGGGCAAGACCAGCCUCAUCGUGAGCUACACCACCAACGGAUAUCCCACCGAGUACGUUCCCACGGCCUUUGACAACUUCACCGUGAUGGUUGUGGUUGACGGGAAACCAGUCAGACUGCAGCUGUGUGACACUGCUGGUCAGAAAUGGGGGCCAGUUGAUGAACCAGUUAAUGAUGAGCUGGAGCGCCUCAGGCCGCUCUGCUACAGGAACGCCGAUGUCUUCCUCCUCUGCUACAGCGUGGUUCGCCCCUGCUCUUUCCGCAACCUCACCAGCAAAUGGGUUCCUGAGAUUCAUCAACUCUGCCCCAGUGUCCCCCUGGUCCUGGUCGGUACCCAGCUGGACCUGAGAGAAGACGUUCAAGUUCUGAUUCACCUGGCACAGAACCAGCAGCGGCCAGUGAGCACAGAGGAAGGCCAGAGGCUGGCCCUGGAGCUCGGGGCAGUGGGCUUCUCAGAGUGCUCAGCGCUGACUCAGAAGAACCUGAAAGACACUUUUGACGCCGCCAUCUUGGCCAGCUUCCAGCAGAUAGACAGUAAUGUGGUCGAGCAGCAGAGGCUGACUCUGAGGAAGAAGACCCCCGAUAAGAUCAAGAGCCUCUCAGAGAACUGGUGGAGGAAGCUCAACUGUCUGAUUGGAGAGGGCAGUUGUGAACUCAAAUAGGAAGCCGCAAUUAGACGCUUUUAGCUUUUAAGGUAGCCAGCUGUGCAGGGAAGGCAUCAUACACACACUGACACACACACACACACACACACACACACACACACACACACACACACAGACAGACAGGACUAAGCAGCAAACCGUAGUAAACAUCGGUGAACAUCUGUAUUUCUUUUAAAGUUGGAUAUAGAAGAACUGAAAAUCUUAGACGUUUUAGUCUCUAUAUAAUUUUCACUUGAAAAAAGGCAUAGGAAUACUGUGUUAGAAAUAAAAUAAUUAUAGUAUUUAUUCAUGUAUUUAUUGCACAUUAUUUAUUUUUGUAAUGCCAGCACUAAUUGUGUAAUUCUUCCGAAUUCUUAAUAAACGUUUCUUACCUCUGA